UUUGAAAAUUGAAAUAAGUUCAAUGAUUAAAUGGAGAAGUAAGAAUAGAGAUGGUUGCCAAUUAGUAUUAAAAUCUACUAAACUAGAAUGGUGGAAAUCGGAGCACCACAGCAAUCUGCAGAAGAUACUUUAGAAAAUGCAGAAUGGUACUGGGGUGAUAUUACUCGUGAUGAUGCUAAUGAAAAACUCAGAGAUAGUUGUGAUGGUACCUUCCUAGUCCGUAAUGCUUCCAACAAAGAUGGUGGUUACACUCUAACAGUGAGAAAAGGUGGUACAAAUAAAUUGAUCAAGAUAUACAACCAAGAUGGCCGCUAUGGAUUCUGUGAACCCUAUGAAUUUAAUUCUGUUGUUGAUCUUGUACGAUUUUACAGAGAAUACUCAUUGGCACACUGCAACAGUAGCCUUGACAUUAAGCUUAUGUACCCUCUUUCAAGGCACCAAGAAAAUGAAGGUGGUGAAAAUAUAAACGAUGAUACUCUAGAACUUAGUUACAAGGAUAUUCACAAAAAAUUUGUCCUUCGAACUAGAGAUUACAACGAGCGAUCUGAAAAAUAUUUACGCCUUAGGGAAGAAGUGAAAUUUAAAAGACAGACUUUAGAUGCUUUUAAGGAAACAGUAAAAGUAUGUGAAGAGCAUUUGAAAUUACAAGAAAAAAUGCAAGCUGAGGCCCAACCACAUGAAAAAAAUGAUCUAAUUGAAAAUAAUCGACAGCUGAUUUCAAGGGUAAAUAGUUUAAAACAAGCAAGAUGUCAACACCACAAUAUCUUAAGGGAAACUGUUGAAUCUAAUUUGCUUCUUGAGAGAGAAAUUACUAAAUUAAAAUCAGAAGUCAUAAAUCUGUAUAAAAUUAAAGAUAGAUACAAAGUAUGGCUUCAAAAGAGGGGUAAGACAGAAGAAUAUUUACAGGCGUUAGAGGAUGAUAACAUUCAUAAACUAGAAGAGUUGUAUGCACACCGUGAAAGUAUUACCUGGAUGGUUGAAAACUGUACCCGAGACAUGGCAACAAGGCUUUUAGAAGGAAAACCCCAAGGGACAUUUUUGAUACGGCCUAACUCAACUGGUCAAUUAGCUUUAUCUAUAAGUUGUAAUGGAAUGGUAUAUCAUUGUAUAAUUUUCAAGACUGAACGUGGAUAUGGCUUUGCAGAACCAUACAAUAUUUACAAAACCCUAAAUGAGCUAGUACUGCAUUAUGCUGUAAAUUCAUUGGAAGAGCACAAUGACCAAUUGAGAACCGAAUUGAAGUUCCCCAUUAAUGCUCAUUUAGUGAAGAAACCUGACAAAAAAGUCCAUGACACACAAGACUCACAUUAUCAUGAUAGUCACCAGGAUAAUCACUUAAGGAGUCACCAUCAUCGACAUUGGGAUCAAAGACAAGCUCUUCCGUGAGACUGCAGUAUGGUUUGGCUUGAGACAGAUAUAAUAAAUCUAUGUCUUUUAAGACAUGAUAAAACAUGCCCUAACAAGGUGCAGUCAUUUUUAAUGUUAUUAUGAGCCGUUUAAUUUAUUUUAUUGUGGUAAAAGAUUAAAAUGUAAUCUAAUACCAGAAUCUAUAUUAUUGUGAUAUGCUCAUGUUAUUGUAGCUUUACAUUAAUUGUAACUUUGAGUGUGAAAUAAAUUUGCAAUAGCUAUUACAAAAAUUAGUACUAGGUUUAAAUGCAUGUUUUAACAUGUUAAUUUGUAGAAACUGUACAAACUAAAUGUUUUAGCUUUUGGUGUACAUUUCUGGCUUGGAGUGCCAAUAAUUAUUAUUAUGGACUAACAUUGCUGUAAAAUUGAUUCAGUAGAAAUUUUAAUAACUUGUGAUAAAAGCUUUUCCUACAAGAAGUUUGAAAAAGUAUUGUUUUAAACAAUUGUUUCCCUUGAAUCUGUAGAUUAUGUAUUGAUGAUUCUGUGUUAUAUCUUGUAUGUUGUGAUUGCUUUAAUAUUUAUAUAUAUAAUGUAUAUUUCGAACUAAAGCUGAUGUACUGGUCUUCACAACCCAAGUGGACUUAUUCACGGAAGCCUACAUUUACUUUUUUAACAUAAAGAAAUUUAUUCCAAAUUAUCUAAAAAUAAGGACAACUGUAUUUUUUACAGCAGCAAGAUGCUUUUCCUUAAUACAUUGUUUAUUAUUACUUUUUGAACUUGUUGUAACAUUUCUGAAUAAGAAAUAUUACAGAUUUUAUGGAGAAAACAAGUAAUAUUUAACAUUCUUAUAAUAAUUAUUUUAAAAGCUUAUUUAAGUGAGAUUCUUGAUGUUAUUUUUAUAAUUAUUAAUAAGUACAAUAAUAUAUUUAAAUAUGGUAUUAAUAUUUUAUGUAUAUAGGGGCUGAAUGUUUGAAAAAUAUUUGUGGAUCACUGCAAUUAUUGCAAGUAAUGAUUGUGUAGUGUAUGUAUAAUAAAUGUGAUCUCAAAAAAUAAAAUAAGUGUAAAAGUUACAAUAAUGAGUUUCAAAUUUAUUUUAAAAUUAAUUUUGAAACAACCUUGUAAUGAUUGCCAUUUUAUAAAUUCUUACUAUAAGUG